AUGGGUGAGGAGAAACCAGAGACUUUAGAUUUUGUGAAGGAUUUUCAGGAGUACCUGAGUCAGCAAACACAACAUGUUAACAUGAUAUCUGGCUCUGUCACUGGCGUCAAAGAUCAACUUCUUUUUUCCUUUUCAACCUGUUCAGACAUCAGUCAGAAUGGUCUGGACCACCCAGUGGUUGACAUGUCAUUGGAGCACAGCUCAAGCAUGCUGGUGGAUGGGUUUGAAAGGACCUACGAUGGCAAGUUGAAGUGCCGUUACUGCAACUACGCUACGAGGGGCACUGCACGACUCAUAGAGCACAUUCGAAUCCAUACAGGUGAGAAACCACACCGCUGCCACCUCUGCCCCUUUGCCUCAGCGUAUGAGCGACACCUGGAGGCCCACAUGCGCUCUCACACAGGCGAGAAGCCCUACAAGUGUGAGCUCUGUUCCUUCCGCUGCAGCGACCGCAGCAAUCUGUCGCAUCACCGCCGCCGGCGUCACAAGCUUCUGCCCAUGAAGGGAGCACGCUCCUCACUUUCUCAUCGCAAGAUGCUGAGCGUUCUGCAGAAAAGGGGAGGUUCACUAGGCUAUGGCCGCAGGCUUCUCAUCAACCUCAGCCCACCUUCCAUGGUGCUGCCCAAACCUGGCACUGACCAGCAACACCACCACCUCACUGACUUUGGCCACCACGAUCUCCCACCCCAUGCCCAUCUCCACCAGGAGGCCUAUGAGGGCCUGGGGAAGGAGGAUGAGGGUGGUGCUGAUGAGGGUGGUGGCUCAAGAGAAGAGCAGGAUCUGGCUCUGGACAAUCCGCUCAACCAGCUCUCUACGCUGGCCGGUCAGCUGGCGAGCCUGCCCCCCGAGGCUCAGGGCGCCCCAGCAUCUCCAGGCACUGAUUCUCUCCCAGAUGAGAAGCCCACUUUCCUAGUUCAGCAGCCGGCGACAGCUCCUGCAGCUGUUUCAGCUAGUGCAGCUCAAGCCUCUUCGCCCAUCACACCAGAGCCUCGUCCACCCCCCCACAGCGGUUGCAGCCCUGGGGUAGGGCCUUGUAGUGAGAGGACCAGCACACCUAGCGGUACCAACAGUCAACCAGGGACGCCCACACCAGCAAAUGACCCCCAGCUUUUGCACCACUGCCCUCACUGCGACAUUUACUUUCCAGACAACAUUCUCUAUACUAUCCACAUGGGCUGCCAUGGCUAUGAAAACCCUUUCCAAUGCAACAUCUGUGGCCACCGCUGCCGGAACCGCUAUGACUUCGCUUGUCACUUUGCUCGCGGUCAGCACAAGCAGUGACCACGCUCCCAGGGUCUUGCCAUAUGGGGAUUGCUGGGGGAAGCUGGCUGUGAUUGGCUCAUUUUUUUUUUUUUUUUCUUUUCCUUCUUGUGUCAUAGCCAUUGGAUAUUUGGAUUGGUUGGUAAUUUGGGGUUGGAUAUUUUGUGAUUAGUUUUCUGCUCUGAGCACUGUUCCUGGA